CAGUCUUCCACCACGAGCCCUUACAGCUUGUCUCUCACACAGAAGAGUUGCUACUUGCAGAGACCUGGCCAAGGGUGACCACUGGUCUGUUGCCCGUCCGGACUCCGAAUUAGCGCAUGUUGUGGAUGACGAUUUCAUCGGAAUGGCUCGAGUCCCCAGUCGCGGGGGCCCUAUUGUGAUGGUAGUGGAUUUCCACCACGCAAGGUGAGUAAAGACGAGAAGAAGGAAAGGAAUAGAAGCGGGGUACUCUGCUUGUCUCGAAUCUUUGCGCGUUUUCAUGUCUUGUAUCUUGCUUUCCACAAUUUUUGCCCCAUUCUCACUAAUAACCUAUCCGCUACCACAGGGGCCCCGAAAUCGAGCUUUCCAUCGGCGAUGAAGGAACAGAUCCCGUUGCAGAGAAUGACUGGUCCUUGCUGCCAUUCAUGGCGCUCUCAGAUGGAGCGCACACGUAAGAUCCUACAGCCCUCAGUGACCCUUCAAUGAUACCAUACCGUAUUUGCCGCGCGAAAGCAGAAUCCAUGAGCCAUUGCUCUUCUUUAUGGGCGUUGCUGACGCCGUAUUUUUCUAUCUAGCUCUGUCGAAGAAUUCUCUUAUUUCACCCUCCGCCGUAAAGAAACCCCUACUGAGAAACCAACUUCCCUAUUCGGCGUUUCGUGCUCCAGACAAAUUGAAUCCAGCCUCUUGAAGAAUAGGCCACCUGACGUGACGAGAUCUACGGUACAGAAGGCCGUUGUAGUAGUGACGGAUAACCCACAUAGCCUCGGGCAGUUAAGAGAGAAAUUAUCCAUGGUGACGACAGCAUGGUUUGCACAGCGGGAUUUCCUUGACAUUGAUAUCUUAAAGAAAUUCCGCGAGUCUCUCGUGCACAGCUUGAAGAGCUCCGAGGAGCUGAAACGUGAAUAUUUUGGAUCGUCAUUGCGCGAGAUGAUUCGUAAAUUCAAGUACCAGACUUUGAUUCUGUUUAAGAGUCUACUUCUGCAACCGAAGAUUUUAUUCUUUGGUUCCCGUUGCGAGAAUUUAUGUCUGAUACAAUUUUCACUUAUUUCUCUAAUACCCGGUCUCAUGAACCAUCUCGAGGACUGUGCCGACCCGGCGUUCGACAGCUAUGCUCGGAAUGUUGAAAAGGCGACCUCACUCAAGACAAGCGAGAGAGCUUCAUUACUUGCAUAUAUGGGUCUCCCUUUGCAGAUUUUUGGAAAGGGAAGCAUGUUCGGUCCGUACACGCCUCUGCAGCAGCUGGACCUGCUGGCAGAUCACGGUACAAAAUCAUAUGUCGUUGGCUCGACGAACUCGCUUCUUCUGCAACAGAAGGAUCGCUAUAGUGAUAUCUUGGUGAAUCUUGACGAAGAUACUGUCACUGUCUCAUCCCCAUCUCUCCGGAGCGCUCUAGCUCUCUCGGCGGCGGAUAGGCGCUGGAUUGAUUUCUUGACGCAAGUCGUGAGCGAUACUUGGGAUGAUGCCCAUCCAGAACGACCCAAGACCCACGGAUAUAUGGGAUCCGAGGAGUUCAUCAGACUGCAGUUUGAAGAAUACCUCCUUGCGUUACUAUCCUGUAUGAAGUAUCAUGAUGAGCUUAACUCAUACAAUACGGGCGAAUCGGGUCGUCGAAGCCAGUCGCAAAUUCAGGCGUUCAACAUAGAGGGUGAUCCUGCACUGGAGUUCAACCAGGAGUUUUUGACAAAAUGGAAGGAGACCUCGAACUACGCAUUGUUCCAGCAACUUACAUCAGAUGCCCUCCUUUACUCUAUUGUUGAACCCCGUCAUCCCUGUGCUGGUGGUCUCUCUAUUGAUGAUAUCCAACGGCGGCUGACUCAACAAAUUUCAGAACUGCAUUUGGAUGAUCGCGUACGUGAGGGGCGUGAGGUAUUGAACAAACAUCUCGCAUCGGGUCAGAAGAAAGUUAGCGCUGCGUUUAACAGCUUCUGGGCAGAUAUCGAAGCAAUGCGAGAGGCGCAGCGGAAGAGGAAUGAAGAGAAGGCUGCUCAAUCACAACAGCUAUUGUCGGAUAAAGGAUAUGAGAGCCUAGCUACAUCGGACUCGGCAUCAGCAGCACCUUCGAGCCCAGGUUUGAUGUCUCGGUCGACAAGCCGUAGAGCACCUUCGGUGGAUUUGAGCCAGGCGCAAGCAUCUGUAAGCGCUGUGGGUCAGAAAGCGAGCGCUUACUUCAGCUCAUGGGCUUCAUGGGCUGGAGAGAAGCGAAAGGGAUGGCAAGAUAAGAGGACUGCACCCCCCGUCUCUACACCCCCUGGCACAUCCUCCUCUACCUCUACAUUUGCCAGUGCGGCAGAGGCCAAUAGGUCGGAUGCGGAUUCGCGUCAGGUGACACCACGGCAGAGUGAGGAUUCUGUGCGUCGUUCACAGAGCGUCAGCAGGAAGAAGAGGUGGAGCAACAUAAUUCUGCGAAGAGAAAGCGGUGAUUACGGCUUCCUAAAACGAGCUCAAGACAAUGGCGAAGACGAGAAGCAGUGCCUUCAAACAGACGAGGAAUCAUCUCAUCGGGAGGUCAAGAAUGCAAAUGUGGACGAGCACUUGCAACGAGAACCUCCUGAAGAGCCACCGAUAGAAUCCAAUAAAUAUGCAGAGAAAGCAUCCACUACUGACGAGACGAAAGCCUCUCCCGAAAAGCCAUCCGCAGAACAUCAGCCUAACACUUCUGAGGAACCUUCUCUGGAGACAUCCAAAAGCCCAACCACGGCAUGA